CUAGCUCCACCAUCAACCACCAAGGCAUCUAACGUCAACGCCAGUUAGAUGAUGUUCAGCAGCUUACCAGCGGCGCAGGAACGCAGCCAAGAAAUGCAAUCACCAGUUAGCUCACCGGAGCUCAUCGAUCCACGCUACAAUCAUAUGCGCAUACCGGCCUCCUCAAGUCGUAUCUUGUAUGAUGUACCCUGCAAAGUUUGUCGCGAUCACAGUUCCGGUAAACACUACGGCAUCUACGCCUGUGACGGUUGUGCCGGGUUCUUCAAGCGCUCCAUCCGGCGCAGUAGACAGUACGUGUGCAAGUCCAAGUCGGAGAUCCCGUGCGUGGUGGACAAGACGCACCGGAAUCAGUGCCGUGCCUGCCGGUUGAAGAAAUGCUUCGAGGUGGGCAUGAACAAGGAUGCGGUACAGCACGAGCGUGGUCCGCGCAGCUCGACCCUGCGCAAACAGAUGGCACUGUUCAUCUCCAAGGAUUCGCCACUGCGCCACGACAUGAUGCUGACGCCGGGUAUUCCGAUACCGCACCACGGUCAUCAUCACGCGCACCAUCACGGACACCACGCGCAUCAUCAGCAGUCGAUGGGUCUAGAUCUAUCGCUCGGACGCAAUCCAUUCCUAACUCCACCACCAUCAGCACCGACCACCACACCGUACCUGGCACCGCCUGUUCUAUUCCCCGGUAUGCAAACUUCCCAUCCGUUGGUCGCGGUGGACGCGAUACGGGAGUCAGCCGCCCAGCUACUCUUCAUGAAUGUAAACUUCCUGAAAAGCCUCACGCCCUUCAUCCAACUCCCGAUGGCGGACCAGCUCGUACUGUUCGAAGAGUCGUGGCGCGAGUUCUUCAUACUAGCCGUCGCACAGUACCUCGCACCGAUCAACUUCAGCCAGCUGCUUAUCGCCUACGAGUAUCUCAACAAUAAUCGCGGCGACAGUGGCAAUGUGAGCGAAUUUCUCGUCAAGGAGGUUGAGAUCUUCCAGGAAAUUCUCGCCCAACUGGCGGCGCUGCGCGUCGAUCCGAACGAGUACGUCUAUCUGCGUGCGAUCGUCCUGUACAAGAGUGAGUUCGACGCCGAAACCAGCAUCUCCAGCGUUAGCAGCGAUGGGUCCGAUGUGACGACCGCUUCGUCCGCCGGUUCGGCGAAAUCCAUCAGCGAGAUAGCGACCGUACGAGCGCUGGAGGAAAGCGCGAAGGAGGCACUCGCGUCCUACAUCAGCACCUGCCGACCGGGACCAUCCAACCGGUACCGUACCCUGCUGCAGCUGCUUCCCGUACUGCGCAACGUCUCCAGCUACACGAUCGAGGAGCUGUUCUUUCGGCGCAACAUUGGUCCGGCACCGCUGCUAAAGCUGCUGCUCGAUUUCUAUCGCCAGAAGUAAGGUGCCUAGUGCUCCAUCCCUUCGAUCCGGUUCGUUGACGUGUGGCGGAUCGUUAAAUAUCUGUGAUUGACUUGCGUCUAGGUGCGGGUCCCCCUUUUCUUUGCCAUCAAGCCUUCCCGUAGUAGCGGUGUGUGAGAAAAAAAAAACAUCUAAUGAUAGACAAUAAUUCGAUUUAAUGCGAAUGCGCAUCGUUACGUACACGUUCAAUUAAA